CUCUCCCCCCUCACAACUCCAAACAACAAGCCAUCUUGGAAAUUCAUUCAAGUGAGUACGAGUUUCAGCCUUUUGUCUCUCUUUGUUAAUUCUUCAAUGGAUAUGGAGCAUGAAAUCGAGGUUCCUUCGCAUUUUCUUUGUCCGAUUUCACUUCAACUCAUGAGAGAUCCAGUGACAGUCUCAACCGGGAUAACAUACGAUAGGGAAAGUAUAGAGGAAUGGUUAUACUCAUACAAGCACAACACAUGUCCCGUAACCAAACAAGUGUUGUCGAGCGGCAUAGAUCUAACCCCGAACCACACUCUCCGCCGUCUGAUCCAAGCGUGGUGCACUCUCAACGCCUCCUAUGGAAUCGAACGGAUCCCAACUCCAAAGCCACCUGUUGACAAGAUCCAAAUAACCAAGCUCAUCAACGAGGCCAAAAAGUUCCCUCACAUGCAGCUCACGUGCGUCCAACAGCUCAGGUCGAUUGCUCUCGAAAGUGAGCGGAACAGAAACUGCCUUGAAUCUUCCGGUGCAGUCGAGUUCAUGGUUUCAAUCAUGAAGAGGAAUAUUAAUCAAGAUCACGACAAGAAUUUGAGCGAUGAAGCGUUAGGUAUUCUUUAUCAUCUCAAGCUCUCAGAAACUAAGUUGAAGAGUCUGGUAAAAAAUGACGGACAAUUCUUGGAUUCUUUGGUAGAAGUACUGAAAAGUGGAAAUUAUAGGUGUCGAGCAUGCGCUAUAAUGCUAUUGAAGUCCAUAUUUGAAGUGGCGGAUCCGGAAAUUUUGAUUAGGGUUAAACAAGAAAUUUUUGGCGAGAUAGUGGGUGUUUUACGAGACCAAAUCUCUCAUCAAGCAUCCAAGGCUGCGCUGAAGCUUCUGGUUGAGAUCUGUCCGUGGGGCAGAAACCGAAUCAAAGCCGUCAGAGGCGGAGCGGUAGGGACGUUGAUUGAGUUACUUCUUGAAGUGAAAGAAAGGAGGGAAUGUGAACUGAUUUUAGUUGUUUUGAAUCAACUUUGCGAGUGCGCGGAGGGGCGUGCAGAGCUGAUUAGUCAUGGUGCGGGAAUAGCGAUAGUUUCGAAGAAAAUAUUGAGAGUUUCUCACUCGGCAAGUGAUAGGGCAGUGAAGAUUCUGAGCUCAAUUUGUAGGUUUUCUGCGACUCCUAGGGUUCUUCAGGAAAUGUUGCAAGUUGGUGUUGUGUCCAAGUUGUUUUUUGUGCUUCAAGUGGAUGGCAGUUUGAAGACUAAAGAUAGGGCAAGAGAGAUGCUCAGAUUGCAUUCUAGGAUUUGGAAGAAUUCCCCUUGCAUUCCUUCUCAUAUGGUGUCUUCUUAUCCAUCUUGUUGAGAAACAAGUGUUUUGUUCUUUAAUUAUUUUUUCAUUCUGGCCUCAGAUAUAUAUGUAUGGAUGGUGUAUAAAACUCAAUUGAUUGUGACAUAUAAGAUGUUGUUCUUAGUGGAAAUAAGUUUUUUCCAAUUAUCAGCGGAUGAGUCGUGGUUUGAGGUGAAAUGUCACUCGAACUCAUAGCUAGCUGAUUCUCUCUUAAAUGUGUUGAGACGCAAUAGUUGACUGGAUAUUUGUGGUAAAGUGUUGUUUCUGUGCGGGCCGCGGUGCCUUGAUAAUUAGUUCAGGUCAAAAUGUUAUUGGUAUUUUGGAA